GCUGGUACCAGUGGCCACUGGCCAACCGACGUGCAUGCGUACUUGUCUCUCCAUUGUGAAGCGUGAACUCAUCAAAUCCUUUCUGGGAACGUCUGCAUUUGCAUUAUAAUACGACCUUCCUUGUUUCAAUUGUGGAUUUACUCUUGCAGUUUGUUGUCGUUUGAAAUAUCAGCGCGUGUCAUAAGCUACCCAGAAGAGAAGGCUACAUUUUAUGCCAAGUGAAUCGCAUUCUGCGCGGUGUAUUUUUUUGUCAGGUCUAAAAUAUCCGAUCUCAAGUCGAUAACUUUCAUCAACACACGAGUUGAGUUUAGGAGCACAUUAAUGCGUACAGUACACGGACCUACUUGCCAUAAGGACAUCUGUCAGAAUCCGAAUAAUGUUUUUGCAGUGAUUGUUUUGGUAUCAUUUACGACACUUCCACUGUUGCCAGUCUAUCUUGCACGAGAGUAGCCAAAGUAACGCUUUUAAAAAACGAUUUAAUGCGUCCAGUUGUUUAGAGAAUUCUAGAAAAAUAUGGGAAGCACAGCAAAUGACUCCAAGAAGAGAGACGCGAAGACACCUAGAAAGAAGAGGACGCUUCGAUUGAACAUGCCCGACCUCGGCUCGUUUGCCAUGCCCUUCUUGGAGGGAGAUGCCGACCAUGUGGAUAAGGCCGACAUACAGAAGGAUGAUGGGAGUUGCCACUCAGCCAGCCCGACCAAAGGCUUCUUCACGCGGGGGCCCUUCAGUCGGCCCUCCAGUCCCAAGUCGGCCCCUGCUAGGACCAAGAACAGCCCAGGCUCCCCCAAAACCAUCUUUCCCUACCCUUCGUCCCACCAGGACUCCCCACCCAAGUCGCCUCGUCGCCUGAGCUUCAGCGGCAUCUUCCGCUCCUCCUCCAGAGACUCUAACUCCACCUCUCCCAUCAGCAUCAAGCUCUUCUCCAGGGCCAGAAAAGCCUCCGGGAUCUCCUCGCCUCCCUCAACUCCUCCGACGCAGGCCGUCAAGCAGCCGCCGGCGUUCCCGCUCGAGGCCUAUCGGAGCGAGCCGGAGAGGCUGGAGGCACGGAUGCGCUCCUACUCAUCCCCGCCAGACACCGGGCAGCGCUUCAGUCUACGCUGCUCCAAACCACCCAUGACUCCCUCCACCCCCAUCGCUAACUCACGAUCACGACCAGUCCACGGUUUAGCUGAAGGCAUGCUGGAGAAACUUGAUCUAGAAGAUGAAGCUUUUGAAGAAUCCGAAAGUGAUAUCUAUAUGCGCUUUAUGAAGUCACACAAGUGCUACGACAUUGUUCCUACCAGCUCUAAGCUCGUGGUUUUUGACACUACUCUGCAGGUAAAAAAGGCCUUCUUUGCCUUGGUUGCCAAUGGGGUGCGGGCAGCCCCACUAUGGGAGACAAAGAAGCAGAGCUUUGUCGGAAUGUUAACCAUCACAGACUUCAUCAACAUCCUCCACAGAUACUACAAGUCUCCCAUGGUACAAAUCUACGAGCUGGAGGAACAUCAGAUUGAAACAUGGAGAGAGCUCUACCUACAAGAAACCUUUAAGCCAUUAGUGAACAUAUCACCUGAUGCAAGCAUAUUCGACGCGGUGUACUCGCUCAUCAAGAACAAGAUCCACCGGCUGCCCGUCAUCGACCCAGUCAGCGGCAACGCGCUUUAUAUCCUCACGCACAAGAGGAUCCUCAAGUUCCUCCAGCUCUUCGUGUGCGAGAUGCCCAAGCCUGCCUUUAUGAAGCAGACUUUGGAGGAACUAACCAUCGGGACCUACCACAACAUCGCCUUCAUCCAUCCCAACACACCCAUCAUCAAGGCCCUCAACAUCUUUGUGGACCGGAGGGUGUCCGCUCUGCCAGUGGUGGACGAGUCAGGAAAGGUAGUGGAUAUCUAUUCCAAGUUUGAUGUCAUUAACCUUGCUGCUGAGAAGACCUACAACAACCUGGACAUCACGGUGACCCAGGCUCUGAGGCAUCGCUCACAGUACUUUGAGGGCGUCAUGAAGUGCAACCGGCUCGAGACACUGGAGACCAUCGUGGACAGGAUAGUCAAAGCAGAGGUCCACAGGCUAGUUGUGGUGGAUGAGAAUGCCCGGAUCGUGGGCAUCGUGUCCCUGUCGGACAUCCUGCAGGCCCUGGUGCUCACCCCUGCAGGCAUCUGCAGGAAGAACAGCCAACCACAACCAGAAGCAGAGGCACCACCAGCAACAUUAGUAGAGGCAGAACCAGAGGUAGCAGCAGAUACAGAACCACAGGAAAAGGACACAGCAGAGGCACCACCAGAGAUGUUAGUAGAGGCAGAACCAGAGGUAGAGGUAGCAGCAGAUACAGAACCACAGGAAGAACCAGAGACUGAGGAACCACCAGAAACAUUGGUAGAGACCGAGGUAGUGGUGGCUAAACCAGCAACUGAGGGAGAAGCUCUAGUGGAAGCUGAGGUAGAGGUGGAAGAUGAAGCAGGGGUGGAAGGUAAGACUGAGACUGAGGUGGUGGUGGAAGUAGAAAUCAAGACUGAGGUAGUGGCGGUUAAGGGUGAAACUGAGGCAGAUAUGGAGGCUGAGGUGGAGGUUAAGGCUGAAAACAAGGCAGAGGAAGUAGAGGUUAAGUCUGAAGCUGGGGUGGUGAUAGUAGAGUUGGUGGAGGUUAAGGCUGAAACCGAGGCUGCGGUGGGGAUGACAGAGGAUGAAGCAGAGGUGGUGGUGGAGAUUAAGGCUGAAACCGAGGCUGAGGUGGAGGUUAUGGCUGAAACCGAGGCUGCGGUGGGGAUGACAGAGGAUGAAGCAGAGGUGGUGGUGGAGAUUAAGACUGAAACCGAGGAUGAGGUGGAGGUUAUGGCUGAAACCGAGGCUGCGGUGGGGAUGGCAGAGGAUGAAGCAGAGGUGGUGGUGGAGAUUAAGGCUGAAACCGAGGCUGAGGUGGAGGUUAUGGCUGAAACCGAGGCUGAGGUGGAGGUUAUGGCUGAAACCGAGGCUGCGGUGGGGAUGACAGAGGAUGAAGCAGAGGUGGUGGUGGAGAUUAAGACUGAGACAGAGACAGAGGCUGAGGUGGGGAAUGCUGAGGCCGUGGCAGAGUCUGAGGCAGUAGUGAAGGUAGAGACUGAAGCUGGACCCAAGGAUGCUGAGGAAGGAGAGGCAGAGUGACAUCCAUGGCCGUCGCUACAAGCUGUACGUGACUGACCUGCCAUGACGCUGCUGUGAGAGGAAGUUGAGGAAGUUGACUCUAAUUGUUGGGAUGGGUGGUUUAGUAGAAGUGUGACACUCCGGCUUACCAGGGUCCUAAUGGGUAAUUUUCUGUGAUGGGGGAGAUGGUCACAUGGGUGACUUUCUCGGGCUGACCAACCAGGGAUCACUUUACUAUAACUGGGUUGUGCCUCCCUUUUCUCCAGAUUGUGCACUAUAACACCCCCAUCCUGUUACCUCUGGAUCUUCCAGCAUCACCUGUCUGUGGGCCCAAUUCAGAAACAACCGGUAGUCCCUAUCCUCUAGGCACUUGUGUAGACUUGAAAGGAGUGGAUGGGUGUGAGCAAUGUGGCUAAUAUUCCACCUAGCCUAUCAGAGAGAAAGGCGGAGCUACCACCAUGUUGUCCUGUCUACACCAAGUGUCUACCUAGAGCAGUGGUUCUCAACCUUUUCUGAACCGGGGCAUACCUUGAGGUGAGACAUUCUGUGGCACACCUAAAAAUGUCCCUAUUAAUCGAUUUUAGUGGAAAUGACCCCCAUUUCACCCAAACUGUUAUUUUCUGUGACAAAUGCUUUUCUUAUAGAGAAAUAGGGUUCAUUUGUGUGUAUCCAAGAGUGCCUCGUGACUCCAUGCUAGAAAUGGUAAAAUAUGUAGCUCUUGGGAAAUAGGUCAUUAGUUUUGAGUCGUUUUGGUUAGAGAUUUGUUUGUUCUGCAUUGUAAAGAUGUAACCACCGACAAAGCCAUGCUCCCCAUAUGUUUCUAUGGCAGAGGCUGUGGAACAGCUAAGCUUAAUCAGACUUGCCUGUGCUAGUGGUUCUCAGUCACAGGCAAAGGGUUUUUUUAAUGAUUCAAAUGACUUUGCUUGCGAUGCGCAACCCUCAGAUGAUACAAAUGUUACAGCCUGAGUGCACCGGACUUGAAAUGUUUGAGUGUUUUAAAUUAUUAUUUUUUUUAAAUAAGAUUAGGGAAAAGUUUCAAGUUCCUCAAGGCACACCGGUUGAAAACCACUGGCAUAGAAGUUAGGGGCUAAGGAUUGUUUCUGGACAGGAUCAUGGUCUCAACCAUGAGCACACAAAUGGUUUGAAUAUCAGUCUUUUAAGCUUAUUUUUUGUUCCAGUGUACUUCUACAUCUUUAUCAUGAUUCUGUCUGCUCUCCUCAUUCAGGUAGUGUUGUUUUUAGCUUUAUUUGCACAAGGUUUUGUGAACGUAACAGAGGCUCUCUGAAAACUAUACCACCCCCCCCCCCCCUGCUAGUUAUGAUGUCCCCUUGACAACGGGCUGUGCUCGCUGUCCUGUCUUUAACGUCAUUGGUGCCUUUCGCCCCCACAAGUAGUCACACGUCAUUGGCUGAGAGAGAGCUGGAGAAUGUUCAAAAACGUGUUAAAACUGAAUGUGAGCGUUUCCAAAACCAAAAACAUGAUAUAUCACAACUUGUGUUUAUUUUGUUGAUGUUGAGAUAAUUUUCUAGAAUCAAAGUUUGUCUGUUAUAUUCCUGAAAUGUUAAUUUUGAAAUUAUGCUGUAAAGAUGGAUACAAAGUUGUAUUUAUUAAAUCAUAUUUUCUCUGUGCUUAACUAUUUUAGAGGGUGGAAGAGAACGAAAGUGAGGUAUGCUGACUUUGACUUUGUUGUUCAAUGCUUUUCAAGGAGCAGCAGCUGCCUAUAUCCAACAUUUCUCUUUACUUCUCCAGUUACGUGGAGGCAUGCAAGAUAUCUUGUACUCUGUAUUGAUCAUAUUUUUUUUCUGUGUAUAAAUGCUGUAAAAUAAUGUUCUUCGUCAUUUUAGAUAGAUUUUUUUUCCCCUUGUGGAUUAGGUUGUGGUGUAUUGUUGAUGGUCUCGAUAAGGGGAUUAUCCACUGAAAAUGGAUAGAACUGGUUGAGUACGACAGUAUAAUGGUAAUACAUAUUGUACUUUUCAGUUUUAUUUUUUACUUUGCUGUUUGAAAAAGUAAUAAAAUGUACUGUUGAAUCAUUUUA